AGCCCCAGGGGGACACUCCCCAUGCUGACAGCACAGCACCACAGGCCACACCCUGCGAUGACAUCAGAGUCCCAGAGGUCACGCCCUGUGGUGACAUCACGGCCCCAGCACUGAGGACACGAUGGCCGCCCCCUCCCCCAGCCUGCAGCGGGAGCAGCAGCAUGCGGCCGACAUCAUCCGCCUCCUGACGCUCUACCGGCCGCUGCUCGACGCUUACGUCAUCGACUUCUUUGUCGAGGGGCUGUGGGCGCAGCUCCCCCCGCCCUGGCAGGCCGCCCUGGCCACCGCAGCCCCCCAGCAGCUAGCUGGGCUCCUGGGGGGCCGGGGGGGGCCGGGGGCUACCUGGCCCCUCUCCCUGCUAGCCUUCGCCGCCGCCGCCCGCGCCCUCGCCUUCCCCCGCGGCCAGUCGGGGGGGCUCCCCGCGCCCCCCUGCCAGAGCGCCCGCCUGCACCCCCUGCUCCGCCGCCACGUCAAGCCCAAGAAGCAGCACGAGAUCCGGCGCCUGGGGAAGCUCCUGCAGCGGCUGAGCCAGGCCACCAGCUGCGACCGUGUGGUGGAUGUCGGAGCGGGGCAGGGCCACCUCUCCCGGUUCCUGGCCUUCGGCCUCGGCUUAUCCGUCACCGCGGUGGAGGGUGACGGCCGCCUGGCCGGGAUGGCGGAGCGCUUUGACCGUGAGCUGCUGCGGGAGCUGGGGAAAAGGGGGGUGCUGGGAACGAGGGGCCCCCCCAGUGCUGCCAAACCCCCACCCGCCGCCCCCCCACCUCCCCUCAUCCCCCAGGGUCCACGCCACGUGGCCGGCCGCCUGGACCCAGGGGCUCCCUGGGGGGAAUUCCUGCUACCCCCCAACCCCCCAGGGCCUGGCCCGCCGCCAGGAACCCCCUGGGGGGGCCAGGGGGUGCCGAGGGGGGGGCAACGGGUGCUGGUGACGGGGCUGCACGCCUGUGGGGACCUCAGCCCGGCCCUGCUUCGCCACUUCGCCUGCAGCCCCGCCGUGGCCGCCAUCGCUUCGGUAGCCUGUUGCUACAUGAAGCUGUCCACCCCGCCGCAGCCCCCGGUUGCCCCUGGCUACCCGCUGAGCUCUUGGGUAGCCACAUUACCGGGCCACGAGCUCUCCUACCGGGCGCGGGAAGCCGCCUGCCAUGCGCUGGAGGAGUACGCGGGGCGGUUGCGCCGGCAGAGCCGCUCCCUACGCGCCCACUGCUACCGCGCCAUCCUCGAGACCCUCAUCCGAGCGGCCCACCCCGGCAUGAAGCACCCAGGGGUGCAGACGGUGAAGAAGGCGCAUGCCCUCAGCUUCCCCCAGUACGCUCGCCUGGGGCUGCCCCGCGUGGGGUUGGAUCCGGCCACCAUCCCGCUGGAGACGGAGGCGGUGGAGGCCAUGCUGGAGCAGCAGCACAAGGUGGUGGCUUUCUUCAGCCUCACCCUGCUGCUGGCUCCGCUGGUGGAGACCCUCAUCCUCCUCGAUCGCCUGCUCUACCUGCGGGAGCAAGGUUUCCAGUGCGCCCUCGUGCCCCUCUUCAACCCCCGGUUCUCCCCGCGUAACCUGGUGCUGGUGGCCGCGCGGAUCCCCCUGGGCACGGUGCUGGCGGGCCUAGAUGAGGACAGCAGUGACGACGAGGACACGGGGGGGGCAGAGCCCCCCAGCCCCUGAUGCCGGGCGCGAACCACAAUAAAACUGAGAUUUAUAACAAAA